AUGUCCGCAUCCGAGGCACUUCCCCAUGAUGCUGGCUACGAAUAUGAGAGUUUGCCGCCAAACUUCUCAUGGGGAGCAAAUAUGCUGGCUGGAGCCUUCGCAGGCAUUCUGGAACACACGGCCAUGUAUCCAGUUGACCUACUGAAGACUCGAAUGCAAAUUAUGAGCCCAUCACCAUCGGGGAUAUACAACGGAUUAUCCGAUGCAGUCGUCACCAUCACACGGCGAGAAGGCCUCCUCACACUAUGGCGAGGGAUAUCGAGCGUGGCAAUUGGGGCAGGUCCGGCACACGCGGUGCACUUCACGGCAUACGAAAAAAUAAAAGAUGUAAUGGGCGGCGGCGGAAAUGAACAUCAUCCAGUCGCUUCAUUUUCUGCUGGUGUGGCGGCGGCGAUUGGCGGGGAGGCCAUAAUGAACCCAUUUGAUGUCAUCAAACAACGAAUGCAACUACAAGGCUCCGAACACAGGUCGAUCGUCAACUGCGCCCAGUCACUAUGGAGAACCGAGGGACUUCGAUCCUUCUACAUUUCAUACCCUACCUCCAUCUCGAUCAUGAUCCCGUUCAACGGCUUCCAAAUCCUCGCGUACGACUCAAUAUCCAAGUACUGGAAUCCUUCCGGGAAGUACGACCCCGUCACCCAUUGUGGUGCUGGCGCUCUUGCAGGCGGGCUUGCAGCGGCUGCAACCACGCCCUUAGACGUCAUUAAGACCACCUUACAGACGAGAGGCUCGGCGAUGGACCCGGAGCUGCGAAAUGUGUCCGGAAUCCGGGACGCGGCGGCGGUCAUCCUCCGUCGAGAAGGCAUGUCCGGGUUCUUUCGAGGGUUAAAACCUCGAGUCCUCGCCGCCAUGCCAAGUACGGCGAUUUGCUGGUCCGGUUACGAAGUCCUCAAAGCGGCGUUCCUCGCCGAGGCGAAGCGACAGAACCCCGAAUGA